UGGGCCUUUUGCUACAAAUGUGACGUGCAGGAGGAAUUACAACAGGUAGCGCCUUCCACAUCACUGCCUCUCCGUGAAAAGCAUCACAUGUUGAACUUCUGCCCGCCAUGCGGGAGAACUUCUGCCGGGUGGGAGAGCGGGGAUUCCACAUGGAUCAGAUUUAGCCGUGCAGGGGGACAGGGCCGGGGUCCAGCUCCUUUAAAGGCGCACAAACACGCGCGCACCGAUUCCCACGCCGCCCAUCUCCUUUCUCUGCGCCAAGUGCCUCCACUAGGGGGCGAGAGACGGGCUGGCCCGGCGCAGCCAGCAGCAGACAAAAGGCCCUUGCGCUCUCGCUCUCUUUCCGCGCCACCGCCGCCCGCGCGUUUGUCCCGCCGGCGGCGGAGAGCGAUGUGUCUGGGGCGUGCGCGCCGCCGGGCGGAGGCCGCGCGAUGGCCGGGCGCCGCGGGCUGCUGAAGCGCAAGCCCAACUUCACGCUGCAGGAGAUCGACGUGCUGAUGAGCGAGGUGCUCCGCUACGAGCAGUUGCUCUUCGGCGCCGCCACCGUCAACGCCUACGAGAAGCAGAAGAUCUGGUGGCGCAUCACCCACAAGAUCAACGCGGCCGGGCGCAACCAGCGCGACAUCGGCGAGGUCAAGAACCGCUGGCGAGGACUGCGGCGCCGCGCCAACGACAAGAUCGCCCGGCACCGCCUCCUGCAGCGCCAGGCGCAGGCCGGGGGGCGACCCCGCCUCGCCCACCUCUCCGGUAGCGGCGGCAGCGGCAGCAGCAGCGAGCCCCACAGCUCACCGGAGCUCGGCCCCGAGUGGGCCUCGCCCGGCGUGCGCCCCUCGGAUGCGCCGCCGUCGCCUGCUGCUAUGGAGGUUGUGGCUCUUCAGGGUGAGUGUUCACCGCCCACAGCCAAAGGUGGGGGAACCCUCAGGCGCAGGGACCCAAUGCGGCCUCUCCAUUUGGCCCGCGGGAUGCCAUUCGGCCCUCGGGAUGCUCUCGUUUAGCACCGCCUCCUCCGUAGGCCCCGCCCCCGCGGACCCUGUCACGCCUUCUCACAUGGCUUUCUGGAAUGUGUGUCCUUUGGGGUGACGAAUACCUUUUGCUUGCCUGAAUGGAUGUGAGAGUGUGUGAUCCGCCCUGUGCACUUAAAAGUGCAUGCGGUGCGCUUUUAAAGCACAUGGCUUCCCCCCAAAAGAAUCCUGGGAACCAUAGUUUCCCACCCACAAACCGCACAUUCCCAGUACCCUCAACAGACUAGAGUUCUGAGGAUUCUUUGGGGACUUUUGUGUGUGUGUGUGUGUGUGUGUGUGUAGAAACCUCUGGAUUACAUCUCUAGAAUGUAGCUUUCCACUCAAAUUAGAAAUCCCAGCCAUUGGCCCACCCACCACUGACAUGCAGCGCCUAGGUUGGCCCACAAAGCUUCCCCACCUCUGAACUAACCAGUCACCCUUUUCAUCCACCCAGCAGUGGCACCAGAAAAAACGUUUCUGGGUAGGAGGCACAGAAGGGGCAAAGUAUAUUUCUAGAUGGGCAAGUUGUAACCCACAGGUUAAGAUCACUGAAAGAAAAUUAACAGCAUAUAUUCAUGACAAGAGUCCAGCAAUGGGAGUAGGGCUUGUUUGGAGGGUGAUUGCCCCCCCUUGCCCCUCUCUGGCGCCACCCAUGCAGCAGCCUCAUGGAAGUUGAGGCAUCGCUCUAGCAGCACUUAGCUCCGUUUGGGCUAGCAUACUCACAGCAUGCCCGUAAGGUGCAUGUAUCCAAUGCACAUUUAAAGCACGUGACUUCCCUCAAAGAAUGCUAGGAGCUGCAGUUUAAGGGCACUGUGAAUUUUAACUCUGGGAGGGGGAAAACUACAAUUCCCAGGAGUCUUGGGGGGGCAGGAGCCAUGUGCUUUAAAUAUACAGUGAUACCUCGGGUUAAGUACUUAAUUCGUUCCGGAGUUCCGUUCUUGACCUGAAACUGUUCCUAACCUGAAGCACCACUUUAGCUAAUGGGGCCUCCUGCUGCUGCCGCACCACCGGAGCACAUUUUCUGUUCUCAUUCUGAAGCAAAGUUCUUAACCCGAGUUACUAUUUCUGGGAGUCUGUAACCUGAAGCGUAUGUAACCUAAAGGGUAUGUAACCCGAGGUACCACUGUAUGGUGUGGAAUUGCCCCUGGACAGGUUUAAAACAGGGAUGGGGAGCUUCAUUGAAUUACAGUUCCCAUCAUCCCUCACCAAUGGUGUUGCUGAUUGAGGCUGGUAGGAAUUGGGCAUACAGGCAGCUGACCACUGAUGUAAAAAGUCAGCUGGGGUGUAUUUGUUGGACCAGCAAAACAAGAUUUUGGUAUAGCUAAGAAACACGAGCAUCCACUUAGCGGUGAGAAGUAUUUCGAUAAUAGGUUUACAGUUGCUGAAAUUAGAGAAGCAAAUAUAUUUUGCCAUGUAUCCAUUUGUCCAAUAAAAAUCAAUCCAAAAUCUCUUUAGUAGUUCCAUUAUUGCACACCCAACAUAAAUUUGUUAUUGCUGCUUGCAGACACUGUGGGGAGGCGUGUGAAAUCAAAGCCCUAUCAAAGGGCUAAGCUGCACUGGGAAUAACACAUUUAAAUACCUCUGCUUACACAAAGCCAACCAAACUGGAGGCAUGUGGGGAAACAGAACCGUAAUUAAUUAGAAGUGUGAACUCUGGAAGCCUCAUUGCACUUUAUAUUAGUGUGAUGUUGGGCAAAGGCAAUUAAUUUUCCAAACAGAGGCCACAUCCACACCCGGAUUUAAAGCGGUAUCAUCCCACUAUAAGCAGUCACGGCUUCCCCCAGAGAAUCCUGAGAAACAUCAUUUGUUAAGGGAUGCUGAGAUUUGUUAAGAGAUGCCUAUUCCCCUCACAAAAUUAUAAUUCCAAUAAUACCCUGGGAAGAGGACUUGAUUGUUUAGCCACCCUGCCAACUGCAGCACCCUUAACAAACUACACUUCUCAGAAUUCUUUGGUGCGUCUAAAGUGGCACUGUAGCACUUGUAUGGUGCGAAUAUGGCCAGCAUUUGCUUUCAUAGCCUGCUCUCUCAGCUUUCUGUUCCUUUGCGCUACCGCUCCCUCUGCCUUGAUGUACUUCCUGUUCUUUUGCCCUCUUGACCUUCAGGCUAGGUUCAUUUUUAUCAAAAUCACUAUUUUUAACAGCAUGGUUUGGUCUUUGAAGUGCUGACAUUGCCAUGCAUAUCACAUGACAAGAUAGGAAGAAGUUGCAUUGAUGAUACAAUGUAGUGGAGAGUGGCAUCCUGAUAAUGCGGAGAGGUAUUUCUUCACAGCAACAAAGGAUGAGGGAAGUUAGAUACAGCAAGACAACGGCCUUUUAGACUGCGGGGGAAAGCAUUUCUUCCUAUGGCUAUGUACACAUAUUUUUGUCAAACUGUUUUUACAGGUUGUUGACAUAGUGGAAAGCUCGUGUUGUUUUUCCAGAGGUAAAAAUGGCCCAAGGGCAGGCAUACAAAUUGAAAUCCCUCUUUCAAGCUGCCUUUGACUGCCUGGGAAAAAGAAAAAAACCUAUUAUAUGGCCCAAUGGUCUAACGUGGUAUAAGGCAUCUUCUCAUACUCCAUCUUGCAGUGCAUAUUUUUCUUUUCCACUUUCUUGUCUCCCUGUAUCAAAACAUUUCUGUAUGAUGAUAGAUCCUUUGAUAUAGGCUCUUGGGACAACUUGAAGUUGGCUUUCUCUCUCUCUCUCUCUUUUUAACUGCAUGUUUGGAUGUCAGGAAGGGCCUGAAAGGGCUUGUGGUUCUAGCUGGCUGCUACUUUGAGUUAACCUGAUCUGUCCUCUCUGCUCUGGGCAGGUGUGAAGGAGGAGCCAGUGAAGGAAGAACCAGUAGAUGUGAAGUCAGAGCCAUCCCACUCCCUUCCCACUAAGGCCAUCCACCAGCGUGGGAUCCAGGGGGCUGAGACGCAGCUGCUCAGGAGCUCUGCCCAUGCCCCCAGUGAUCCUUGUGAGGGCUGGAGGAGAAGCCCCUCAAAUUCCUCACAGACUGAGCUCUCAGAGGCCCUGGGUUCGGAUUAUGGAAGCAUCACAUUUGACCAUGACUCACCACCACCUGGGCACCUAAGCGACUGCAACAUAGGAGAUAUGGUUGCUCCUGAGACUGUGCUGAUUCAGGAAGGGCUGUCAGAAAGCCUGAGCCUAGCAGAGAGGCGGGUUGUCCAGUCAAAUGAACAGCUGGCACAGGAGGUGCGUGCCUUCCGGCAGGAAUAUGCUGAGAGCCGCAGGGAGACGGCCUCCAUCUUGCACAGCAUUGCUGAAGCCCUGAGUGGCGUCUGCAGCAGCCUGUCCGAGAUCCGGGACCUCUACCUCCGCCAGCAGGUGGUACCCAAGCAAUGAGGGAUCCACCGGCAGAAGAUCCCGAGCAAUCUGGAUGCAAAUGCCCUUUCGCGGAAAGGUGCCAGCUACUCCAGAAGUGACUAAUAUGAGGAAGAAUUUAUUCAGCUAUUGUGGAGUUACAGGUUGGUUUGUUUUCAGGACAGGUUUUCCUUUGGAUUCUCCUUCCAUUCCCAGCUCAAUAAAACUGUGAAAUUGA